CGUCUCUUUUUACACAGUUUAAAGCGACCUAUUGAUCAGAGAAUUCACUGUUCACUGUUCAGUAAGAAAGCAUUGAAAUGGGAUUAACGAUAUCAAGCUUGUGGGACAGGUUGUUUGGAAGCAAGAGUAUGAGAAUUCUCAUGGUUGGGUUAGAUGCUGCGGGUAAGACAACCAUACUCUACAAACUCAAACUUGGAGAAGUUGUCACUACGAUUCCGACGAUAGGCUUCAAUGUUGAGACAGUUGAAUACAAGAACAUCAGCUUCACGGUGUGGGACGUGGGUGGUCAGGACAAGAUCAGACCACUAUGGAGGCAUUACUUCCAGAACACAGAUGGGCUAAUAUUUGUAGUUGACAGCAAUGACAGAGAACGAAUUGAUGAGGCCAAGGAUGAACUCAAAAACAUGCUUGUAGAAGAAGAUCUGAGGAAGUGUGUAAUUCUGGUAUUUGCGAAUAAGCAGGACCUACCCAACGCUAUGUCAGUGUCUGACAUACAGGAGAAACUAGGGCUGUCGUCACUGCGAUCACAACAGUGGUACAUACAGAAAACGUGUGCAACUGAAGGAAUAGGUCUGUACGAAGGUCUGGAUUGGCUCUCACAACAACUGCAACAAUCUUAGCCCUUUUUUUGUUUGUGUAAAUUCCGGUACUGUGUACCCUCUAUCUUACAUAUUAAUACAUGUAGGCUCAAUUCUCAGAAUAUUAAAUUAUUCUUUUGUGUGUAAAGGACAUGCUUACAGUUACAGCUAUAUAAUUUAUUGUAAUUACAAUGUUUUAUUAUUGUCAAA